CCACAUCCUGCUGCCUAUCAGACUUGCAGUGAACACCUCGCCCGGCAGUAGAUCUCAGUGCGGUACAGAAAAGCGGAUUUAAAGGAGCAGCAGCGGUAGAGUUAUCUAAAACAUGAUCCCCUGGCUUGCCUUACUGAUGUCCUACCACUGCUUGAUUGGAGUGGCAGCAGAAAACACCCAACUGGAGAGGAUUGAGAGAUGUCAGACCAGGUGUUCUCAGGGACUAAGCUGCAAGAGCCGUCCAGAAUUUUGGUUUGCUCCCGUGUGUCAGGACGCUCCCACGGGUCUCACCAGCAACACCGUGUUCCACAACGUGAGCAUCUCCACGGUCAUGAGGUGUGAGGAGAAGCAAAAGUGCACUCUCCACCUGAGAAUCCAGACGGUUGUGGACCUUAUGGACUCCGUCCACGGUGUUUCCAUUUGCACCAACAGUGCUGGGAUGAUGACAAACUGCCAAACCAUACACUUCAACAAAGCAUCGAGGCGAUUAAUGUCUGGACUGCCGGUAAAAAUUGAAAACGAUUGCACUGAAGUUUCUCCAAACCAGCAACUGCAAGUAACAGUGAAAACUGUCCCAAGCUACUGCGGCAUAUCUUGGUCUAGCAUGUACCAUGCGCCUGGAUGCAUCAACAAAGACUUGAGAAAAAAUGUCCCGGAAUGUAUCACCGGUACGCUGUCUUAUAUUGAAAACCCAGUAAAGAAGGAGCUGACAGUCAACGUGUCGGACAUGCUUCAAGAUCACGACUACCAUCUCCGUCUCUGCCACAAGGAUUUCAUCUGCACUGGCACGGGAGCCCACACUCUGUUAAAAAAGGAACAACCCUCUAAGACUGCUGUCCUUCCUUAUUCCAGACCUUUACCUUGCCUCUGUAUUGAGGGUUGGUCAGCUGUAAUGGAUGCCCCAAGAGUCCAGGUCUGCCCAUUCAAAGACCGUCUAGAAGAAUUGUGGUUCGGGAUCACCUUUGAUCCACUGGAGGAGGCUUUAAUAUGGGAACCAGCUUGCCCCGUCACAGCUGUGGCUGGUUUAUGCGAGAAAAAAGAGGGUGGCGACUGUGUGGAUCUGCCCGACUCAUUACAGAAUAUCAGCAGAGAAAAGAUCAUGUUUGCCAAGGUGGAUCCCCAGCCUCAACUGUGCAUGAAGUUCACUGCAGGGUCACAAUCCUGGAUCCGAUGCCCGUUUGCUGAUGGGAUCAAAGUCUGGGAUGUGAUUGUAUCGAAGCGCCACGGACAGGAAGAAUUGCAGAUUCUGUCGCAAGUUACAGCAAGAUUUUCCGUGGGUCCGUGGGUGACGUCUGCAGAAUCACCUGUGGGCCAGAUGACUGACAUGACAUUUUUGGAAGUUGAGAAACACAAACCUAUUGAAUUGGAUCUAAAGGGCAGACAGUGCAAUUUUUGUCAACAGGUGAAGAGGAUUGACGUGAAGUACGCUGCCACAGUGGUUCGCUGUACCAAGCUGUGCAUGUCAAAAUUGUCUUCCCCGGCUUCGUAUGCUUCGACGGGGAUUAUUAUACCAGCUGCUGCUUGCAUCUCUUGCAUCGUUGUCAUCACUCUGGUGCUCUGGUUACUGCUAAUGGUCUUCCGUAGGAGGAAAGAAAAAAGAAGAGGCGUCUGUCUCUCUGAAAAACCAACAGACACUGAGAUAUCUGAGGUGCAAAGUCAUCGGUCAGUCAGGGGGAGGGUCCUGAUGCCAGAUCCUCUAAAAUGUGGAAACAACGAGAAGGCCAACUUACUUUUAAACUGAACUUGAAACGGUGCUCUAGACUGAACCACAACACGCUUUGUGCAGUAUAAUGAUGUUACAAAAAAUGAAAAAGUUCUCUGUUGAAUUAAUUUGUGUUCUCUUAUCAAUAUUUUAAUUAUUAUUACCGUAUCUUUCGGACCAUAAGGCGCACAGGAUUAUAAGGCGCACUAAAUAUUUUCCCCAAGUGUGUAAUAUCGCUCCGCCUCUUCACGUACGCAGCUCUCUCCUGAGAGGGAGAGCUAUCCGUCUCUGUCGGGAGGACAGAGUAGUAGGACUACAGUGCCCUGUUUC